AUGCCCUUUCCCCAAACUCCAUCCUUCAGUGGGCUAGGCUCUAGUACACUGCCAACACUCAAAGCCAACGUCUCUCAAGAUAAUCGUUUUGACCGGGUUCUUGAGGGCCUUUUGUCGGAGGGUCGAUCCACUCGGUCAAGAGAUUGCUCCACGGAUUCCGACAUGACAGCCUGCUCACACCCUUCCGGCACCGGCGGAGACCCAGAAUCGAUCUCACAAUAUCUGAAAGGGCUGGCAGAGCUCAAUAGCACGCUACUUCAAAGCAGAGCGAAUCGACAUGGAGCGGGUCACAGUGAUCUUGGCAAAUCCCAGCCCCUUCCUACACGGACUGGUUCUUCUGUCCCCCUCUCCAUCGGAUGGACUUUGACGCACUGCCAACAGUUCCUAAAUAUGCUCCAGAAUCUUCAAAGACAUGUGAGCCCUCGUGCUGGCCACGAUACAUGGUCGCCUGCCAGGUUAGAGGACACAAUAGAUCUGUCCGCCACUCCACCUAGCCCAGCACCACUGCAUCAGACACCACCCCGCGUUUCAACACUGGAUACUCCCAUUCUUUUCUCCAUUCUCUCAUGCUAUGCCUAUAUCCUGGAGGAAUACGAGCGCCUCUUCUCUUAUAUUCUGAAAUCUGUAAUCCAGCCCGUCCCCCAAAUCCCGGCGACCUUGAUAGGGAUUAGUUUGGAUGGCUUCAAACUGGAUGGAAACAAUACUUUGCAGAUGGAAUUCCUUCUGUAUAUCAGCUCAAACAUGUUGGAAAAGAUUGAAACGAUUCUAGUUGGCUCUUCACAGGGGACAACAGCGGUCCCAAACCAGGGACUCUUGGGCUACAAGAUGAUGGCCUGUCUGGAGUCGCUUUAUGAUCAUGUUGAUGUUUCAACAGAUGAUGGGGCUGACAAUAGAGAAGUAAGGGCCAUUACCCUUAUACGAAAAAUCCAAGCUGCUUUAAAAAACCUUGAAAAAUGA